GCCCACCCAAUUAAAAGACCAUUUGAAGAACACGAGCUCCUCAAAAAACACCCUAGAGAAAAGCAAGAGGAAGACGAAGAGGAAGAGAGAGAAACUGUUUCAGACGCGAAAAUCCCAGAAAGCAAAAUACGAUGUUUUACAAUCGAGGAGGAUAUGGAGACUACCCUGAUGGGCGAGAAAUGGGUCCAAAGAGACAACGGUUGAUGGACCAGGGAUCUUCUUAUUAUGGGGCUUCACCUGGGUAUGGGGCCUCAACUGCAUAUGGAGCUUCAAAUGCCUAUGGAGCCUCACCUGGUUCUAGUAUCAUGUAUAAUCCUUCUCCGUAUACAGGGUAUGUCAGCCAACUUCCCCCAUUUCCCGUUGUCCGACUCCGUGGUCUACCCUUUGACUGUACCGAGGCUGAUGUUCAAGAGUUUCUUCGUGGUCUUGACCUUGUUGAUAUCCUCUUUGUUCACAAAGGUGGUCGGUUUUCUGGCGAAGCGUUUUGUGUUCUGGGGUAUCCUAUGCAGGUAGAUUUUGCCCUCCAAAGAAAUAGACAGAAUGUUGGUAGGAGAUAUGUAGAGGUUUUCCGAGGUAAGAGGCAUGACUAUUACAAGGCUAUUGCAAACGAGGUUUCGGACGCUAGUGGUGUUUCUCCACGUAGAGGUUCUAGAGCAAAGUCACAUGAUGAAGGAAAGGAACAGUUAGAACACACGGGAAUAUUAAGAUUAAGAGGUUUGCCCUUUUCAGCUAGAAGGGAGGAUAUCAAGAACUUCUUCAAAGAUUUUGUUCUUGCAGAUAAUGUCAUUCAUAUCACGUACAAUUCUGCUGGAAGACCAUCUGGGGAAGCUUUUGUGGAGUUUCCUGGUCCAGAGGAUUCUAGGGCCGCCAUGGUUAAAGACAAAAUGACUCUUGGUAGUCGGUAUGUUGAGCUAUUUCCUGCAUUUCGGGAAGAGAUGGAUGAAGCAAUUGCUAAAGGAAGGGCCAAUUCUCAAGACGACCUAAACGAGCCAGUGAAACAUACAGGAGUCUUAAAAUUGAGGGGAUUGCCCUUUUCAGCUACAAAGGAGGAGAUUAUUGAAUUUUUCAAUGGAUUUGUAUUGACAGAAGAUUCAGUCCACAUUACUUCAAUGCCUGAUGGGAGGCCAACUGGUGAAGCUUUCGUGGAGUUUGCGGGCCCCGAAGAUUCAGAGGCUGCAAUGGAAAAAGACAGAAAGAGCCUCGGAAGUCGCUACAUCGAGCUCUUCGCCUCGUCACAGGAAGACCUAAGUGAGGCACUCUCAAAGGGACAGUGAUUUUACAGUCAUAGUUAGUCUCACUUUGUAUGCCUGUUUCUUCUUAUUACAUUUCCAGAAUUCAGAAUAAUGUAGGACACCUAUUAGAGCUACAUGUACUCUUUAUAUGUGAUAGUCCAGAGAGACUUAGUAUUAUCUGAGCAUUGGUUAUUUGUGGAUCUGAAUUUUGUGACGAUUAUUAAAGCUACAUGUAGUUUUAUCUUUAAGUAUCA